AUGGCUCUCUCCAUCGAACCUUCCUACCCUUAUACCCCACAACCUUUCUACCCAACAAAAACCACUUACCACAGGGUUGGCUUUGUUGUAUUUCAGCGUAAGUUACCGGAUUUCACCACUACCAUCGCUCCACCGACUUUCACCACCACCAUCGCUCUAUUGACGGUUCCAACGCACAAUCGAUUCAGACUGGUGCAACAACCAGGAACUGGAACGGGGAAAUCUAUAAACCUUUGCACUGCAGUCAAUCAAGCACUUCAAAUAGCUUUAGAUUCUGAUCCUCGUUCUUAUAUAUUUGGGGAAGAUGUGGGUUUUGGUGGCGUCUUCCGUUGCACAACUGGAUUGGCUGAUCAAUUUGGUAAACAUAGGGUUUUUAACACCCCUCUAUGCGAACAGGGGAUUGUUGGAUUUGGUAUUGGUCUACCAGCAAUGGGGAAUCGAGCUAUAGCAGAAAUUCAAUUUGCAGAUUACAGUUUUCCUGCUUUUGAUCAGGCAUGUUUUGAAGAAUGGUCUUCCACAUUUUUGUCACAGUUAACUUUAAACCAAAGUUACAAGUUGUAUGAACUUCCAUCGAGAUUUCCUCCUCCAGAUUUUCUGAUUUUAUCUUCGGGACUUUCACUUCAGAAGGUUUACAGUUCUAUACGGGUCACUGCUAUGAUGUCUCUCAAAAUGAAUCGAAUGAUAAAGAAGCGACAACCAAAGUGGAUUUAUUACUGUCAAUCGGCGAAACGAAAUACCCUCGUCUCCGGUUUCGAUUCAGCAACCCAUCUCUCGUUUCCGAUCAUUCUCCCAAGUGAUCGACUUCAAUUUUCGGUUUCUCUACACCUGUUCUUUCUUUAUUUCAUCUGGUGUAAUUAG